UCUUCCUUUUAAGAGAAGAAAUCAUAGUGAUUCUAGACCCUCUAGAGAAAGUCUCAGUCCUGCUCCCAGUGAGGACUAUGGGAAAAUUCCCGCUGGUUUCAGGGAGCAGGAUCCUUCCCAAGAUCAGUGAAGGAUUACAAAAAAAAAAAAUCAACUACUAAAAUAUGCACUUCAAUUAGCAAAGAAUGUGGCCUGAUUAGUAAAGUGUAUGAAAUUUCAGCUAUUAAAUUCUACAGCCCUGAUCAACAAAGCAUGCUGCACAAUUGGCAAUGUAUCCAGAAUCUCAGCUGCUGUACUAGUCUCCUGCCAGAUCAACCAAGCAUGUAGCUGAAUCAGUAAAUUAUGCAACUGGAGCAGCCAAAUAUGCACUUCUGAUUGGGGGAAAAGGAUAUGGAAAUUCUCAAAUGUUUUAAAUUGACACACAAUAGGUCCAUUACUGGCCUUAAGAGAAGUGGAGGCAAAAUAUCUAAUUUUUGUCAAGUCUCUCCAGACAAAUGCUGGACUGGAAAAGUACGUCCCCCAAACGGCUCACUGUCUGCUAGCAGCAGCCCUGCUCUUUACCAGAUGUACCGCACAUCUGGUUCCAAUCCCAGCUGCUGCCAGGUGCGGGGGUCAUUUUAGUAACAUUUUAAUGGUAUUUUUAGAUCCAGGUAGUUUUUCUUUAUAGGUCACUGUAAAGCACCCUAUGUGCACACCGACUGCCUUUCUGUCUCAAGAAACAAAGCCAAUCAAGGCAAAUAAGGCACCUUCAAAAAACCUGAAAGUUUUGUUGGCAGUGAGCAUAAUAUCUGUUAACGUCUUCACUGUUUGUGGAAGUACUCUGUGCUUUAGGAGUAGAAAAAUGAUAGGUCUUCUUAUUUUCUUUAUACCUUGAUUAAUUGCUGUAGCUGUUUCCCAUUGUGUUUACAAGGUACCUUGGUAGAUAUUUGCUGUGUGGAGAGUGUGGAUGUUUGGCCAGUUUGAUGAGCAGCCAGCUAUAUUCACAUAUCAUGAAGCAGUAGAGCUGUUUCUCACUAGCUUGUGCGUACGUGCUUUGAAAACCCAGCCACAGUAGCUGGUUGUGAUUUUCAGAAGUUGUUUUUGCUUUAAUUUAUUGUUUUUGUUCUACACAGAAGGCCUGCAGGUUGUCCUAUUUUAAUAAAGACCUUAUUUUCCAAUGCCUGGAAAUAAACUGUGUAACGCUGCCUGUGCUCAAGGAGAGCAUGGUAAUCGCUUUGUUUUAUUGUACUGUUCACUUUAGUGCCCAGAAGUCUGAAACAUUAUUUGAGUCUGAGAAAUAUCUGGCCUAUUUUUUUUUCUUUUUAAUCCACUACAGUUGGUACAUAAAACUGCUUGCAUUGAACUUAUUUACCCAAUUUCUGUCUCAUUUCCACGUCAGCUCAAUGAAUGAUGCCAUUUAGUUCUUUUUCCUGUUUAAAGUAUUUCCUACUGUGUCCAGAGCAGUGCCCUUAAAACAUAAUUGAUUUGGGUCAUUGAACUUCUCUUUUUCAUGCAUGUUAGUUUGCAUCCUGCCACUGGUCUGACUGGUAUUUCAGUUAGAAAAGCGCAGGCAGAUUUCUCCUGGAGGCUAAAGUUCACGUGGAGUCUCUGGCAAAAUAAGAUCCUGGACUAUGCAUCCCUGGAACCGGGCAAUGAUUUGUAACUUUAUUUUAAUUCUCUGUCUGGCCAGAAUGCUGUAAACCUGGCGCUCCCUUGUUAGCGUCACGCUAAGCAGCAGUAAUGUCCACAGCGUUUGAGUCCCGAUAACUCUAAUUACUGAAGCACUGAGGAAGCUGAAAGCGGAGGAGAGGGACGAGGUCGGCCUCGGGUCCUGCGCAGCACACGGACUCUCCCUUUGUAGCACUGAGUCGUGGUUCUGUUUGCCAAGGCCGGCAAUGGAAGCAGCAGCCAAGGUAUAUUAUUCCUGUGGUGCAGUGGUGGAAUCGAUAGAAAGAGGCCUGAUUUUAUCACCAGGUUUUCCGAACAACUACCACCCAGGGACACACUGUGUUUGGCAAUUUUUUAUUCCCAUGAGAACCCAUCUUAUCUUGGAAAUUUUUGAUUUCGAUAUUUUUGAGAGCUCUAGUGAAACUCCAGCCGCCUGGGAUGUCUUUUCAGCCCCUGCUAAAGCAGGAAAUAAGGACACGCCUUCUCUUGAGGAAAACCUGGAUUUUGCUGUCCGUACCACAAAACCCUCUCUCCAGACCAGGAUGUCGAAGGUGGCUCAGAAUCUGAGCAGCACAGGAGAUCGGUCAAAGGACAUUGCUGGUCACCUAGAUGAACUUCCAGGAGCUGCCUCAAAAAAAGAUCAAGCCAAACAAGAAGAAAACCAGUCGAAGCAGAUGAAGGAAUCCAAAGCAAUUACCAAGGCUCAGCCAGAACUGCCAUUCCCUGUGGCUGGUAGUGCCACAAUGCGAAGGCAAAAUGCCAGUGGCCUGGAAACAGAAGAGGAUUUGAAAGAGAAAAUCUUGCUUGCUCACCUGGCUGCUGGUGAGAGGGAGGAAGUGACCGCAGAGAGCUGGACUCCUCCCGCAACAGCGCUGCCCUUGGAAACCUCCUCCAGCCCACAGUCGGCAGUGGACACCUGUCCCCACGAUGUAUUAUAUGUUUCUGAUCUCAUCACAUUUUCCUCUCGCUUCUGUGGACCAAGUUCACCUUUAAACAAGACCAUGGUCUUCGGUUCCUCUCUGGAGAUGGUUGAGGUUAUCAUGGAACUGAUCACCACCACAGACCGGGGCCGAGGCUUUGCAAUGCUUUUUGAAUACAAGAACAUCACUGACCCCAGUGCUGUAGAUGCUGUAAGGCAAGAGACAAAGGAAAACAUGAUGAUGCUGGCAAUUGCAACAGGAAUCGUCAUCUUUGCACUUGCUUUCCUCUCUACCCUCUGCAUAGCUUGCAGGCAGAGAACGUGCCCCAAAAGGAGCUCAUCCAACGCACUCAGUGACCAGGAGAAUGGGAUCCAGAACUCUGCCGUCGAUAUCAAUGAGCUCCAGCUGGUGGUGCCAAGUCGGGAGAAUGAAAACAACAACCACUCUGUGAGCCAGGAGCAGGCGGUCACUUCCUGCAGAGGCAGCACAGAACUGUCUCCUCAGGACACCGACCCAGAUGCGCCUUCCUCCACAUCUGCAGUGACCACUGAAACCGGGAGCGAUGAAGUGUUUAUUAUUUCUGCUGGACCUGGGGCCAGUGGGUUGAGCUUUACCACCUAUAGAGUACAGGACAAAAACCUAAAAAGAAGUGUCACAAGCCCAGCCUCGGUGUCCGACUGGCUGACUCGUGGUCACGCAGCUGCAGGCGCAGACGCUGCCGAGAAGGGGAACGUCCAGCUGGAAAGUCACCGUCCCAGACAACGGACGUGGAGUGCCCGCACUUUCCACGAUCUCCUGGCUCCAAUACCACAGCUACAGAAAAAAUGGUGUAGCUGGACAACCAACAGUCCCUUCACAAAGCUGGUUGACAACAGUAGUUUUGCUACAGCUGCAAGAUCCCAGGAUGUCCCAACCAGGAAGGUAAUCUCAGCCACCGAGAUCGAGGGAGUAUCAGAGCCUGUUUACUCCGACUCAUCUGCCAGUAACGCCUCCUACCCCCUCACUCUGUCUGCACAAAGGCAGCGGAAGCUAAGCGCCUGCAGUCUGAAAAAAUCCAGGUUUGGGAACCCUUAUUUCGGAUUUUUUGCCAGUUCCCCUGACGGCAAACAUGUGAAGUCCUUGGAUCCCUCAAGACAUCUAGGGGCAGCAUCUCCAGGUAACAGCCAAAGCCCCCAAAAUCCUCUAGAGCCCUCCAACCCACUGAAAAUCAACUUGGUCAACGAUUCAAAAACAAAGGAGCUUAUGGCAGAAACAAACAAACCAGUUUUUGUUAUUUCUGAAGAAGGAGAUGAUCAACAGCCUCUGGUCCUAGCAGAGCAUCUUAGUCAAUGUGGAGACCAUCUGUCAGAGCAAAAUGCUGUGUAUGCUCCAGCCGUGCCAGAUAAACAGCCGCUGGUUCUGACUGUUGCGGGGAACAGUUCUGCCAGCUUCACAUCAAAUCUGCCCCUUUGGGCAAAAUCCCCUGGUUUAUACAAAGAUCAUGCGAAGGCCCACAGCUCUUCCAGCGACCAGCAGAGCUCAUCGGUUGUAGAUGCUGAUACCUGUGAGACCUCACCGAACUGUGACAGCCUGCCUGCUCCUAUGCCAUGCCAAGCUUCCGUCCAGUGACACCCUCAGAAGACUGAAACAUCAGCUCACAAAAACAGAGGCAACAGUGAUCAGAGUGGAAGCUGUGCUAAGUAGUUGAGUGUAGCUGUCAUAGAUAGAUGCAACUUUAAGAGUGGUGUUCUCUUCCCACCUGUUGGGAUUGGGAUUACAAUCAUACAUACCAUAGCACAGCACAAAUGCCGUCUUCCCUUCUGCUCACUAACCUCACCUCUGCUCUUCUGCACGGAAUUUUGAUGUGGUUUAUAGAAGAAAGCAUCCUCUGAAAGGGUAAUCCAGAGUGCAGAAAACCUUUUCUGGAAUGAGAAAUGGAACAUCAUCUGAGAUGGAUACACCAUAGUUAUAUCUGAAAUGUGAAUCAGUCCUCUGUCACUGCAGUAUCCCUCGAGUCAUUCUGUUAGGAGCUAUGAGUUAAAUUCUGUUAGUAAGUAUGUUUGUACAAUGCAAGACAAGGGUUAGAAUUCAAUUAUGCAUGUUUGUGCACAAUUGUGUAAAUGUAAUUUUAUGCAUUUCCUAAUUUCUGCCCUCAAGCACAAAGUUUACCAAGCAUUAGCCUCUCUAAUAUUAAAGACCACGAUUAUCUCAUAUUCUGACUCCUUAGAAAAGUGCGCAGACAAGCUGAACACCGGAUGCCAGUUCUAGAGAAGUCUGGUGUAGCUUCAUCUUUGUUAGAUCUACAUGGACUUAAAACAUCUCAAUCCACUACAUUAAGUGACUCCUCAUUGAAACAGGACCACGUGUACAAAACCACUGAACACUUGGAUAGCUGCAGCUGCUCUGAUCCUAUAUCCACCAGCUAUUUAUUGCUGGUCAUGCACAUUUAGUAGAGAACUACUUCCCUUCCUUUAGCAGGCAAGACUUAAAAGACAAAGUUAGGUGAGGCAAACUUUGAGUGCUCACUUUCUUUAGAAAUGAACUACUAAGUGGCUGUGCCUCCGUGAUUACAAACCCAGGGAAUUCAGUGGAACGCUGAACCAAAGGGAAGCCUGCUGGUCCUAUUGCCUUUAAUAACCCCAUGAGUAUUUUAAUUGCCUCCUGGUGAUAUUUUCCUGUCUUUGCAAGAGACUCCUGCAUAUUCAACCCACACCUUAGGAAUAUUUUGCUUUCUUAAAUGAAAGAAAUUCUCUAUGAAGCUGUAUUUGCAGCUGACACAGCACACUGUUUUAAAGCAAUAGCAUGUCAUAAAACAGGUGUCAGAAAGAAAUCUUCCAUACAAGUCUUCCCCUAUUAUCAGCUACAGCAUGUAUCAAGUUAUCUUAAUCCUUCUGUGUAAAGGCAUUUAAGUCCGAUUCCUGAAAUAUUUAACUGAAUUAUUUAUGAUUUCACCUGCUAUUACAGCUUCCAUUUGCCACCUAUUAAUGUCUGAGAUAUGCAACACAGGAUUGUAGGUUUUGCCGUAUAUUUUGAUUAUGUGUUUGCGUGUCCGUGUACACAUAGACGCGCUGCACCGGCAGCAGCGAAAGCGAAACCAGCAAAACGUGGACAGCAAACAGGUCUCUGCAUCUGCUGUUACCAGACUGCACUGAGUAGUCUUGAAGCACAAAAGUUGGGUGUGGAGUUUUUUGUUGUUUCAUAAAUGCUACAUGAUUCAACGUGAAGAGUUAAUAUAUUUAUGAUUUAAGAAAACAUUUAGAGGUCUUCAGUAUUCUAAUAAUAACUUCCGCUGCAUUGAAUUCAUAUACAUUGUAAUUCAGAGUCAAUGUUCUGUUACUUACUACAUUUCUAAAGAUUGAAGUACUAAAAAUCUACUUUUGAAAAGUA